AUGCCUACCUCCGGCCGGCCUGCAGACGGCAGACGCAAGUCGGGCGGCAAGCCUGCCAUGCUGGUCACCUUGACGGUGUCGCCCUCACGGCUCCGUGCGAUCGUCGACCCCGGCUCCGUCAAGGAAGACUCUCCUUCGGUCAAGGAUUCAUCCGAAUCCAAGGAUGUCAAAUCCUCGCCUACGAAUUCUCCCACUCUAGCAGCAACGGCCGCGCCGGCCAUUCCCAGCGGCGAAAAUGCAUCCGAGUCGAAUGCGGAAACGCCAGCGGCCGACGGAACCCCAGCCCCGUCGACGAUGGGACCUCCCACCGAAGGGCCCAAGAAGAAGGGAACCAAGCGCUCGGCGGCAACCGCCAUGGACGGGACCCCAAAGCCAAGGGGCAAGCCUGGCCCCAAGAAGAAGCCUCGGCUGGAGGAUGGCACGAUAGAUCACUCUGCCGGUCGAGGGGGUGGUCACAAACUCGGUCCCAAGGCGAAUCAGGGCGCCAUCAACGCCGGCCUCCGUGCGCUCGACCGAUCCGGGAAACCCUGCCGCAAAUGGUCUCGCGGCGGCUUCACUCUCAAGAGCUUUACCGGUGUCAUUUGGGAGGUCCCUCGAUGGAGUACGCUCUCGAUCAAGGCUCCCGAGUCUAGCAACGACGACUCCGCUGCGCCAUCGGCCGACAAUAGCAGCAGCAAAGAGAACAAGGAGAACGGAGAUGGUGCCCUCAGCGCGAACAUCAGCAACAGUGGCGCCGACGUCGAAAUGCGCAGCCUCCCCAGCAUGAACGCGUCGUCACCCGUUCCCAUGGCCGUUGCGGCGGCGUCAUAG